AUGAGAACUUUAGUCCUUGUUUCAUGGCUUUACUUGAUCAUCAACCCAUUUCCAAGUAUAGGUAACCUCACCAGUUUGAGUUAUCUGAAUUUCUCAUAUGCUGGCUUUGCUGGACAAAUCCCGAAAGAGAUAUUCCGUCUAACAAAGUUCUCUAUUCUUGAUUACUCAAGAAAUGUGGGUUGUUUGGAACGUUUCCCAAAGAGAUCUUUCAGGAUUGAUUUGAGUCGCAACGAACAACUAGGUCCUAUUUCCAUGUCAAAUUUCAGACUCAGAGACCUUGAAGAUCUCUCACUCUCCUUCAACAAGUUCAAUGGCAUGCAAGAACUGGAACCUUAUCCUCUUCACAAUCUUCAUACCUUUGAUCUUAGUUUUAACCAGCUCCAUGGGAAGAUCCCCAUUCUCCCACCACUUACCAUGAACAACUCAAGCAGCCCAAUUCCUGAUGCAUUUCCUAUUGAUUGUAGUUUACAUAUCCUUGAUCUUGAUGGAAAAUUACUGACAGAUAGGAUUCCAAAACUGCUAGCCAAUUGCAGAUAUUUGGAGGUCAAUGACAUAAGGAUUGAUGAGUUUUACUAUGAAGAUGGAGUAACAGCUAUCAACAAAGGUAUAGGGAUGGAGAUGAUAAAGAUAGCUAGGGGAUUCACCUCCAUUGGUUUUUCAAGCAAUAACUUCGAAGUUGGAAUCCCAAAAGAACUAGAACUGCUCAAAUUUCUCCAUGAUCAACAGGACUGGGAUCAGGGGAAGGGAGAAGGAAAAAUGACUGCUUACUAUUUGACAUAUAUCAGAGUUUCUGAAGUUGAUAUAUUUUACAAGAUACAUGAUGAUAGGAAGAUUAAAAAAAGUUCUUGUGGACUAGGAUCACAUAUAGUUUAA